GCCCUUAGGAGGACAGACGUACUGCGACUCUGCGACGAGCCACACCAACGGGAUCUAUAAACUAAAGGCAGCCUCCACCUUAAUAUGCCAGGGCUCAUAACGCCACUGAGGGAGUCUCAACAGCUCAACAUGGAGAGAGAGGACAAGAAGAGAAGCAGGAGUCUAGGGAAAGACUUCAUCUGCAGAUUGCAGUGCAUGUUUUCGCACACAUCAAGCAUUGAGAAGCUCACCCCAGAGGAAACACUGCUGUGGUCUCAGUCACUGGAGAAACUCCUUCAGUCCAAAUAUGGCAUGGCAACAUUUCACGCUUUUCUGAAAUCUGAAUAUAGUGAUGAGAACAUUGAAUUCUGGCUUAGGUGUGAGGAAUACAAGAAAAUCAAGUCAUCUUACAGAAUGAACUCCAAGGCAAAGAAGAUAUAUGAACAGUACAUUCAGGCCCAGGCACCAAAAGAGAUUAACAUCGACCACCAAACCAGAGAAAUUAUCAAAAGGAAUGUGAAGUCUCCGACAACACUCUGCUUCGAUGAGGCCCAGAAAAUUGUGUUCGGCCUGAUGGAGCGAGACUCAUACCCCAGGUUUCUGCGGUCCGAAAUAUACAGAACCCUGCUGGAAUCAGCCGCAUCGGAUAGCCUGAGUGGGUGAGGGGUGAGUCGCCCCCUGACCCCCCCCACCCCCCCAAAAAAAAAACUAAUUGCUACAAGGGUCAGUGCUUCUGACAAAAAAAGGAAACACAAACUUGGACUGCAAUCCAAGAGGAGGAAUAAUAUAGAGACACAUGAGGUAUGGAGUUUAAACCCUGAAUCCUCCUUGGAGCAGAAUCGGCACAGACGGCCACAGAACCUGGUGAUCUCCGCUUGGAUAAACGAGCAAAGCUGCAGGUGUGUCGGUGAUCCCAGUCACUCUCCAACUGGACGAAGGAAAGCCAUAAAGAUGCAGUAAAACUCAAAAGACAGUGGUUACAGCGGGGCUAUUCGGCCCAUGACCAAGACAGCUUCCAUGGUUAUGGCUCUUCAAGCAUCUGAUUUAACGAUUUGCCACUUUGACUGGGUAAGAGUAGCGUCCCUCCAGAGCUCAGUGGGAGACAGAAAACAAGCGGGAUGGAGCUCCUCCGAGAUCAGUGUUGACUAGCCUUGGUUUGGAGGUUGAUCUCGAUGCAAACACCACCAGUUUAAUAAGCUUCUGCUGUACAGGUGAUGCUCAGGAGAGAAUGCUGAUAGUGCUACAGCAGAAACUUUCCAACCAAGAAAACCAGAAGGGGACAACUGUACACUGUCAGAGUGACUGGAACUCUCUCUCUCUGGAUAGUUCUGACAAAUUUGAGUAGACAGGUCAUGUUGUCACAGCCAAUUUCCCAUGAAAUGAAAGUAAGGAAUUCUUGUGAAAACCAUUUGAAACGGAAUUUGACUAAUAUAUAUUAAUCACCCAUUUUUGUAUUAAUAUACAGUACUUGACUGUAAAACAGGGACAAACUGCAUGAAAAUGUAAAGGAAAAGGGAAAAGGAAUGUUGUGAGAUUUUUUUGUCUGAAAAUUCAGACAUUGUUUCUGCAGU